AUGAUACAAACAGAAUGGGCACUUCCUGAUCAGCUUGUUUACUCUGCCUUCCUACGUAUCUCGAGCUCACAUCCCAUUUCCAGCGCACCAGCAACGGAAGCAAUUUGCGCGUUCAUAUCCGAUGUGGUAGAAAAUAUCAAGGCGGGAGAUUGGUACUCUUCAACUGUUCAAACUUUCCUUGCCCGAUAUAUUUCCCGUGGACGUCCACUCAGCGGAUAUUUCAUCGUUUGUUGUGUAAUUGAAACGCUGUGGACAGUAUUGGCACAGGUUUUGGCACCACUUCCUGCUGAUAUCGUUCCAGGAGUUUCAGAAGCUGUUGCUGCAAAUAAAGCCUGGAACUCAUUGAUGCGACAGGCUGCCAUGGAGCUCGAUAUCGCCGACCAGAAGACCGUUUCUGCCCUGAAUAACGUCACCGACUAUGCCAUGCAAUGCUUCACCGACCUUCUCGUCCAGAUUGAGGAAAUGGACCAGGAGCCUUCUUUAGAUACGUAUGCUUGGCAGACUAUGUCAGAAAGUCUAAAAUUGGCGUCUGUAUGUUCAAUUGUACUUCGCAAAUUCGAUGACAAAUUGCUUCAACGGCUACUACUUUUGCUCAGUGACGAAGCUCCGAUCUUUGAUAAUCUUGUUCAGGAGGCUGCUCUCAAAGCCACCAUUGUUCUCGUUCAAAAUUUUCCUAGCAAAGCUUCGCAAUUGGCAGCUCAUCUUAGACGGUUUGUCACCUCGCCUAUCCCCAUUUUCGAGUUCGAAUUCGCGUCGGAAUCUCGAGCACCUCCACCUUUAGCCGCCGCCGCCAAAUAUCUUGCGUUAUGCAUCAGACUCGCUCCUGGCGAUGAUCUCAUAAUGUCAAACAUGUACUCGCUACUCAAUUAUAUCGCCGCAACCAGCAAAGAGAUAUACGAAAGCUCCAGUAAUUCACACUUACUGAAUUAUCCAUUAUAUCAGGGUCUCGAUCGUCAUUCAGUAGUGAACGUGGAGACCGGCUUACGAGGGCUCUCAGACGACCAAAAAAGAUUAGUCGGUAUCAGCACGAUUUCUGUGGUGACUAGGCUGGCUUUGGAGUUUCGCAUGGAAAAGAUGACCCGCUUGACCGUCUUAAUGUUGCUUCAACGCUUGCGGUCUGCUGAACCAACUGUGGAAGCAGCCAUUGCCUACAACCUUGUUGACCUUGCUUCAUCCGCACCCGACAGUUCCUUCAUUGAUAUAAUCAGAGCAUUCUCCAUGAUCAACCGCUCAGCCAACCCUGACGACCCAAGAUUCUCGAACAACAUGGUUCUUGCUGCCCAAACUCGUUUGGCACAAGAACUGCAUCGCCGCCCCGAGCUUUAUGAAAUAUAUCUCGUCGAGCUUCUUACGCUCUUUGCUGACAAGGGCGUCGCUACCCAGAACGUGAAGACCGAAAAUCAUCUCAUCAAGACUGAGAGACUUCCAAGUAAGAUAGAUGAUAUGAUCGAGCAGCUAGCUUCUCUCCUACUCCCCAUCGAUGCCUUGUUGUCACAUGAAGAUUUUACCCCUCCAAUCGACGAGUCGCCAACUUUGGUUUCCCUGUUCCGUAAUAUGUGGUUUCUCUGCAUACUAUUUCACUUUACGACAGAUGAUAAAGAGGCCACUGCUAUGGACUGGCAAAAACCUGCUUUGGCACGUAUCGCGACAAAAACACCCGCGAUGGUCAUGGAGGAAUCUCAUGAUUCCGUUGCUAGUGACGUGGAGUAUAACUCUGUCAUUCGACAAGACUAUGCGCAUACGGUCAUAUUUAAACAUCGUUCGUGUUUGACCAAGCACAUUUCGCUUCGUAGUAGCGACAUUCGUGGAUUGUCUUCAGGUCAAAUCAUCUUCCUGCUGACUAUGCAUGACAUGGAGAGCAUGCGCUCAGCCGCAGGCCUCACCUCUUCUCUCGUUUAUUACUUCAUCAACGAAAGCUUAAACAGACAUCCUGCUUUGAGUGCUUGUAUGGAUUCUAUUGCUGAAAAUGUCAUUCGGGGUUGUAUCAUUGACCUGAACACCGAGGCAGCCCAACAAGCAUUACCGGAAAGACUUUCGGCCGAACUCCGAACGUUGCUCAUCUGCGGCAUCCAUCGUAUGGCGAGAGCAAGAGAUGUAGCGUCAAAAUUCUUAAAUCGGCUAAUUUCAUCUUUCCCAUCGCUAAUGUGCGAUCCCCCGCUGGUAUUCGCUAUCUUGGAGGUUUUGACAUUGCUCCGGCGGGCUUGUGACAAUGAGUUCACUGACGAAAUAUGUCUCUUCAACCCUGUUUACGAGUUCGAAUCUAGGCGCACUGAAAUCAAGCUUCAUCUACCGGACAGUUACCAAGUUCGAAACGAAAUACUUGUUCAACUUCAACGGAAUGCCAAUACAUGGUUUGAACUUGCUCUUGGUCGUGCUCCACUCGAACUUCAGUCAACCUUACAGAAAUAUCUCGCAGUCGGUCAAAUUUCCUCCGAUGCUUCUGAACUUGGUGCAUAUAUCGCUGAGAAGUUUGGUAAAGCCAUAGGUCCCGUGCAACCGUCUUUGGCCAAAUUGUCAAACUGGAGCUCGGAUAAAGCCAAAGUGCUUGCCAGUCAAAUCGCCAGCAAGGGAUACUUUGCGGGAGAGGCGGCUGGUCUCAGGCUAGCAAGCCGUGUAGCCUCCGACCGACUUGAGCAGCUUCCCCCCCAAGAUGCCCCUUCAGGAGAACUCAUGGCAUUGAAGAAAAAGCUAGCAAAGUCCAUGAAGGAAAUACGCAGCAAAACCAGUACUCUAACUGUUCAGGACCUGAAACGACUUCUAUUUCGGUGCGCUGCUACUUUGAUAUCGUUGAAUAAGAGUGAUCACGAGCUAUUGCACUAUCUAGUAUCCAUUCCUUUCGAAGUGUCUACCCCUCCUUCAAUUUCAGCUGCCAUUGAAGUUUGGACGUGGGUCAUCGCCGAGAAACCGAGUAUCGAAGUUGCUCUUAUGAGCGAACUUCUCUCAGCCUGGACUGACACCAUCGAAAACGAAAAAGGUAUUUUUUCGACCAAUCUAAACUAUGACGACCCAUUCUAUCAUCCUAUCAGUUAUAGUCCUACUGAUAAAGACACCAUUGACCUCGGUGCUGCUAAUGCUCGUAGACUCUUAACACCUCAUGCAUUGGUUCCGCAAAUACUUCUUAGUCGUCUCCAAGCUGCCAGAUAUCGUAGACCGGGUGUCAUGUUCUUACUUCAACAUCUGGUACCACGAUCAGCUAGGACACACCAGUCAUUCAGUACCCAUGCUUUAGCUCGCGAAGCCCGAUUUUCAUUCUUGAUGUUUGGAUUCGAAACUUUAAGGAGCUCGCAUCUUGAUUCGUUUUGUGAGCAUACCAUAAGAGAAAGCCUUUAUACCAUAGCGUACGCCUGGUUUGCUGUUCGGCCGCAAUGGUCGUACGGUGCCAAUCGAGUUCAAAUCGAUGCAGAUGUCAAAGUGCUCUCCGAAUUCCUGUCGUAUUUGCAAGCAGAUUCAAUCCGUGAUACACUCACUGUUUCGAGUCUCGCGCCGUCGCAAUUCGCGCCUCGAGCUUCUUUACGCAUCCCGUGUCGGGACAUCAAUCAGCCCCUUCGUUUGUUGGUCGAGAACGAAAUUUUCCGUCUCAAGCUUAAAAGCGGCACAGAUCAUAUUGGGAUGACAUUGAUCGAGGUCGAAUCCACACAACAGAGCUCGUGGCCUGCUUUGAUACGGACUCUCUGGCAACUUAACCCAGCGAUUGCUGUUUACUUAACGGAACGCUUCAAGUCGAACGUCAUCAGCAGUGAAGUGACCAAACUCGUGCGGUCUUCUACAGCCGAUGUGUUGGAUGUGCCCGAAGCUUUCAACUUCCUGCUCGGGGAAGGGGUAGAGUUGGCAGCAUUGCUUCCUUUGUGGGCACCUGUGCCACCAGUGACCGCCAACACAUUCUUUGAACCACGCUACAAGAGCGAUCAUCUUCUCCUGCAAUAUGCGCAUCGAGUAUUGGAGCAACACCCAGUGGAGCUUACAUUUUUCUUCGUUCCGCAGGUAGUCCAGGCUCUUACAUAUGAUGAACUUGGUUACGUCUCUCGAUUCAUCUUUGAAACAGCAAAAAUUUCGCAGAUCUUCUGCCAUCAAAUCAUAUGGAACAUGAAAGCCAAUUGUUACAAAGAUGAUUUAGCUGAAAUUGAAGAUCCAAUGAAACCCAUGCUGGACCUUAUAACAACUCGGGUGGUCAAUUCUCUCUCGGGGGAGGCACGAGCUUUAUACGAUCGUGAAUUUGGUUUCUUCAACGAAGUAACAUCGAUCUCAGGGAAGCUAAAACCAUUCAUUAAGAAGACGAAGCCCGAGAAAAAAGCCAACAUCGACGAAGAGAUGGCAAAGAUCGUAGUGGACGUUGGAGUAUACCUUCCCAGUAAUCCUGAUGGCGUCGUAGUGGAUAUACACAAGAAAUCAGGCAGACCUCUUCAGAGUCACGCGAAGGCCCCCUUCAUGGCAACGUUUAAGGUUCGCAAGGAGCGCAUAUCUAUUGAGAAGGAUCCUGAAUCUCUGGGCGACAAUGGAAUCGAGCGUCAUGUCGAAUUUGAUGUUUGGCAACAGACAAUCUUCAAAGUCGGAGAUGACUGCCGUCAGGAUGUUCUAGCGCUACAGGUUAUCGCGAUGUUCAAAAACAUAUUUACCUCAGUCGGGCUGACACUUUAUCUUUAUCCGUAUCGUGUAACGGCUACCGCACCGGGUUGUGGUGUUAUCGAUGUCGUGCCAAACGCCACUUCUAGGGACGAGAUGGGGCGUGCUAAACGCGCGCGGUUGAAUUUCAUUCAGUCUAUGGCUGCCUACGCCGUAGCGUGUUACAUUUUGCAAAUCAAGGAUCGCCACAAUGGAAACAUCAUGAUAGACGGCGAAGGUCAUAUCGUCCACAUUGGUGACGUCAAAUUCGAGCCAUCAUCUUUCAAGCUCAAGCACGAAAUGAUUGUGUUGAUGGGUGGACGGUAUUCACAGGGAUACCAGCUUUUCCAGCAUCUGACCGUUAAAGCAUUCCUCGCCAUUCGCCCUUAUGCUGACCAACUAGUCGAUACUGUGCAGCUGAUGCUACGCACCGGCCUUCCUUCCUUGAAAGGAGAAGGCAUAAUCAAGCGUUUGAGGGACCGCUACGCGUUAGGGCUAAAUGAGCGACUGGCAGCGGAGUAUAUGAUGGGUGUGAUUAAGAACGCGCACCAGAAUGUGAGGAGUACGGUUUAUGACGAAUUUCAAAGAGCGAAUCAGUCUUUUCUCGAAGAGGAGGAGGAGGAAAAGGAUCAGUUAGAGAGCGACGCGGAAGGAGACGUAGAACCCGGAGCGCCAUUGGCAAAUUUGUCCAAAUCGCAAAGCAAGAGGCGAAUAUCUUGUGAUACACAUUCAAACGUUCGGGGGCAGAACCGGGGUGAUGACUCUUCGGAUGGAGAAGUACCACAGAGCUUCAUGAUUAAAGCAACGUUGAAGAGACCGAGGAAGCCGCCGACAUCGUCUUUGAAAGGUAAAGAACCUGCCCGAAGACGUCAACAACCUCUACAUUCAGCUCCAAGUAGGAGAAAGAUACCGCCUUUGCUACCUACCCAUACAGUCUCAAUACCUCUAAAGCCUUCAGAGGUCGAUGAAGGGCCCACUACUCCCGGUGACACAUUCAGCCAAGCUUCCGAACGUGAACGUCCAAAGCAGAUGCGCGGGCUGGACGCUUAUGAACGUGCAUUAUGGAAUUGGGUGAAUGUGUACAACUUAGAUGCGUUCCUACAAGAUGUAUCUCUACUACGAAGGGAAAGGAAUAUAUAG